AUGCUCCACAACGGCACCGAGUCCACGAUCCUCUCCAACGUCCGGCACACCUUCGUCUCACCACCCGGGACGGGCUUCCUCCCCAAGGACACGGCCAAGCACCACCGCGCCCACUUUGUCCAGCUCGCCCGCCGCGCCCUCCGCGAAGCCGGCGUCAGCCCCGCCGACCUUGAUUGUGUCUGCUUUACAAAGGGCCCCGGCAUGGGCGCGCCCCUGACCUCGGUCGCCGUCGCCGCCCGCACCCUGAGCCUGCUCUGGGAUAAGCCCCUCGUCGGCGUGAACCACUGCGUCGGCCACAUCGAGAUGGGCCGCACCAUCACCGGCGCCCAGAACCCCGUAGUGCUGUACGUCAGCGGCGGCAACAGCCAGGUGAUCGCCUACGCCGAGCAGCGGUACCGCAUCUUUGGCGAGACCCUGGACAUCGCUGUGGGUAACUGCCUCGACCGCUUCGCGCGCACCCUCGAGAUCAGCAACGACCCGGCGCCGGGGUACAACAUCGAGCAGCUCGCCAAGCAGGGCAAGCGGCUGCUCGAGCUGCCGGCAUGGACUGCUCGUUCUCGGGCAUCCUGGCAUUCGCCGACAUUCUGGCGGGGCAGAUGA